GAAGAGGUGAUCAGCUGAUCUCUGCAGAGCAGCGUGAAGCAGCGAUGUAAAUACUCAUGCAUGUUCUCUCCUGGAUUUAUCAGCCUACAACCACAGCCUGCUUGCACAUUUGAUGUCGCUGUUGCCAUGGCGUCGACCUCCAGCUUCGCUCCACCAAAACUGUCUGGCUUCAUCCUCACCGAGCGGCUGGGCAGCGGCACCUACGCUACGGUCUACAAAGCCUACAGGAAGGGCGACAGUCGGGAGGCGGUGGCGGUGAAGGUGGUCGCGAAGAAAACUCUGAACAAAUCGUCGACAGAAAACCUGCUGACGGAGAUCGAGAUCCUCAAGACGAUGCGCCAUCCUCACAUCGUCCAGUUAAAAGACUUUCAGUGGGACGCUGAGAACAUUUAUCUCAUCCUGGAGUGGUGUUCUGGUGGAGAUCUCUCCAGCUUCAUCCGCAGCCGCAGACUCUUACCCGAGAGGGUCGCACGCCGCUUCCUGCAGCAGAUGGCCUGUGCACUCCAGUUUCUUCAUGAGAGAAACAUUUCUCACCUGGACCUGAAGCCCCAGAAUAUUCUGCUCAGCAACUCGGUCCUCAAACUAGCAGAUUUCGGUUUCGCUCAGUACAUGUCUCCGUGGGACGAGCAGAGCGCCCUGAGAGGCUCUCCUCUCUACAUGGCGCCUGAGAUGGUGUGUCGACGUCAGUAUGACUCCAGGGUCGACCUGUGGUCGGUGGGAGUCAUCCUUUACGAGGCUCUGUUUGGGCGAGCUCCCUUCGCAUCAAGGUCGUACGCCGAGUUGGAGGAAAAGAUUCGGAGUAACCAACCUAUCGAGCUCCCUCCCGGGGCCAGGGUUUCCAAGGACUGCAGAGACCUUCUGCUGCGGCUGCUCGACAGAAACCCAGACGCCCGGAUCACCUUUGCAGAGUUCUUCGCCCACCCCUUUGUGGAUCUGGAGCACAUGCCGAGCGCAGAGAGCAUAGUGAAAGCGAAGGAGCUGGUCCUGCAGGCCGUGCAGAAGGACCAGGAGGGGGAGAAGUCGGCCGCUCUCUCUCUGUACUGCAGUGCCCUCGAGCACUUUGUCCCCGCUGUUCACUACGAGACGGACCGACAACGUAAAGAUGCCCUCAGGCAGAAGGUCAGCCAGUACGCGUCCAGAGCCGAGGAGCUGAAAGCCCUGGUGGCCUCCGACAACAGACUGAGCUUUGAGGAGGCGCGGACCUCCAGAGAUGUCCUGCGAGAAAUGUCUCGAGACCAACCCCGGCUGCUGGCUGCUCUGGAGAUGGCCUUCACUGCCAUCGCUAAGGAGGAGAGUGGAGCGGACGAUCAGGAGGCCCUGGAUGUUUACCAACAGUGCUUAGGAGAGCUUCUGCUGGCGCUCGCAGCUGAGCCGCAGGGCCGCAGGAGAGAGCUGCUCCACAGCGAGAUUCAAAGCCUCAUGUCCAGAGCCGAAUACCUCAAAAAGCACAUCAAGAUGCGAGAGACUCAAAGGGACGCGUCUCUGGAUCGAGAGCCUCUUGCAGACUCCGUCAAAAGCUCUUGCUGUGUGCAGUAAGAUGAACUUCCCGGCUCCGAUUCCCCCCCCCCUCCCCACACCACGCUCCAUCAGACCACCUGUCAGUCAGUGUUCAGGUCCCAGAGACUCCACCUGAUCCAGGUUUCUGCCGGGGCCAAAUCAAACCCCGCAGCGCACCACAUCCUAACCGAAGCAGAACGCUGUCUGGGUGGGAUCUCACAGCUGCCAUGUUUAAUGUGGAGACUGCUUCAGGCUGACGCAGGAGACUCCAUGAUUUAUCUGGCAGGGUUGAACACUUUGUUAAUUGUUUUUGGAAGGAAAAAAAAAAAGUUUGGUAGGUUAAAAAAAAAAAAAGAAGCGCUUGAAUUUAUAAAAUGGUCAAACUGGUGAAUGCAAAAGUUAGAUCUCCCUUGCCCUCUUUGACGCCGUGUUGUUGCAAAUGCUCGGCCUCAAAUCCGUCUCCCUGAAUCACCAUUGAUAUGUAAAUACUGGACAGCUUGUAUGACAAUACCACAGUGUCAUGGUAAAACCGAGGCUGCUGCAUUUGUUCCAGCCAAAAAAACAUUCAAGCAGUAUUCAGAGCACGCCCUAAAAAACUGUGAAAACCUGCAAAACACAAUCACAUAGGAGCUUUAACUAGGAGCCUUAAGAAUCAUGAGUUUAGGACUGCAGUAAUAAGUACAUUAUAAACAUGCACAUUCCCCCCCUCCCCCACUGCCUUUACUGUGGGUCAACCACAGCCUCACCAUGCUCUCCCCGCUGAUGAAGCCCUCUCCACCACUAUGAGGGGAAAACUGGAGAGGUGCGGCCUCUGCCUUAUUUACACUGGACUCACAUUUUCUUAGGUUUGGCAGCGGCUGCGUGUUUGAAGGAUACAGUGUGUCGUGUAAAGCCUUCAUAACUGGGCCUCUGUGAAAUGUGAAAUGGUGAAAAAAAAGCUUAACAGUCGGUGGCAGGCCGAUAAUCCUCGCUGUUGUAGGUCUACACAGGCUGUUUUUGAUCUCCGAAAAAAAGGUUAAGCACUUCAAUAUUCAGAAAAGUGAGCUUGACUUUGAAGACUUUGGAGACGUGUAGAAAAAAAAGCUGAAACAGGAUUUAGAGGCGAAAAGUUUAAUAAAUUAACUCUGCUGGAAAGAUUUUCCUCACUGCUGUGUUGUUUUUUAUUUUAUGAUUUGAAUGUUUACACAGCUGUGAUUUUAUACUUUGUGUAUUUAUUCGUUGAGAAAUUCAAUAAAAAUCAAGAAAUUGUAACCUCUGA